AUGGCCGUGCAGAAUGCUGGGGAAGUCCUCCCCUCCCCUGUCCGUCCCAGUUUCCUUUCUCUUCUGUGGAUGUGGUUCGGAGAGCAGGAGACGCGCCCAACAGGUUUGGUGGGAGAUGGAGGAAAGGGAAGGUCGCACUUUGUCAGAGCCUCGUGCUGGUCUGGUCGUGAUGGCUUCUCCGAUCCAUCCGUGUCAUCUGUUUCCCUCAACAAGGAUGCUAAAUGGAUUAGAGCAGGAAACACUAUCGUGAGAAAUGCAAGACGAGCUCCUUCCCGCCUCCGCCUGUUGCGGCGCUGGCCCUCGUCUCUAACGCGUACUGCCUCCCCCUGCGCUUCUCCUCCUCCGCCGCUCCAGUCGGUUUCUCGUUUCUCCCGUUGCUAUCUCUCUCGUCCAUCCCUCUCAUCGCCAUUCCCUCCAUUCCGUGCGCUCCCCUGCUCGUCGUCGCCCGUCAGGGACGUGGCUCGGAGGAAGUCGUUACAACAGCCCGCUAUGGGGAAGGACCCUCCGCCUCAGCACGCGCACUCCGGUGCGCCCCAAUCCGAGCUCCCGUCCCUGCCGCCUCCCGCGCACGCGUGGGGCCGAACCAAGUCGUUUCAGCAGCAGGACUCGGGGAGCGGGGGGAGCUCGGGGAGCGGCGGGGGAUUUCGAUCAUGGUACAGCACCAAGGGCGGGCUGCCGUUGCAGGUAGGCUCGCAUGACGACGACGCGGACAAGACGGCGGGCGGGCGCGUGGGGGGUGGCAGUGAGAAGAAAGGAGAGUUCAAUCAGCAGGGGCAGCAGGGGCAGCAAGGUGAGCCCUUGAAAACGCAUCUACCGGCGUCUAUGCAACCCCAUCCGCCUUCGUUACAGCCCCCACCUCAGUCGCGCCCGCAGAGCCUGUUCCGCAAGCCGCCUCCGCUGCUGGUGCCCGCGGGGGGGGACGCGAAGCUGGCGGGGAGCAGCAGCACCGGGGGGAGCGCGGGGGAUGCGCGGGGGAGCGGACCGGCGCAGGCGGCGGCGGGGGGCGAGUCGCGGAUUAAGGGAGUGGCGUCUGUGUUCAAGAAAGGCAUGUGGAAGUUCGGGGGGCUGCGGAAAGAAAAGGAUAGCGCCGCCACCAGCAGUGCCGCCCCAUCCGCCACCAGCAACAGUAGCAGCAAAGGGGGGGCGGAAGCGCAGGUGGCAAGCCCCAGGCACUUUUACUCGGGCCCCUUCCCCUUCCCCGCGGACCGGCGCAAGACGACAGAGGCGCGGCGGUCGCAGCUGCGCCAGGGGCUGACGCCGCUGCAGGGCGUCGGCUCUCCGCCGUCGUCGUCUCUCGCGGUGUCCGUUACGUCGGAUACGCACAGCACGGACAGCGACGGGGUUACCAGCGGGUUCAAUUCGCACGCGGCGUCGCACGAGGUGCUGUCGCCGCUGCCUCCGCAUGUGAAGUCGCCUUUGGUUGGGGACAAGCCGAAAAAGAAGGGCAUCCUAGACUGGGACUUGCUUUCUCCUAGCGGCGGGGGCCUGCUCGGGAGUAAGCGCAGCGCGAAGCAGCAGCAGCAGGACGCGGCGGCGACGGCGGCGGCGGCGCUAUUGGGUAGCAGUCGCAGCGGGCGGCACGCGGACUCGCUGGCGGCGCAAGGACGAGGUGUUAGCAGCGGUGCUAUUAGCGGGCCGAUACUACCGGGGAUGAUGCCGGGGCGGCUGGGCAGUAAGGGUGCCGGUAACCCGCCUGCUGACGACAAGUCUCUCGAUAUAAGCUUCCUGCGAUUGCGGCAGGUGGAGUCGCGCCUCUCCGCGCACUUCCCUACCACUCCACCGUCCGCGUCGGCGGCGGAAAAGCACCCUCUCCCCUCCCCCACCCCCCCGCACGCGGGGCGCGGAGACACCCGUCCGCAGACGCCGGAAGAUCCGGGCGGACCGGAUUCGGCGCGCAAUCGAAUCCGAGUGAAGGGGUCCAGCAUGAAAGCGGAGGACGAGUCGUCCUCGUUACAGUCACGAGGGGCGGGAACCGCUCCUGGUGAUUUCCCCGACGGCGGGGCUGCGCCCGGGUGCAGCAUGCGGGGGGGCGGAAGCGGAGGCGCGGGAGAUUUCGCGGGGAAGUCAGGGCGGGGAGGCGCGGGUGCGUCCGCGGGGGGAGCGGGGGACACGAUAAUAGAGGUGGAGGUGGAGGAGAUAGGCGAGGACGGAGAGAUUAAGACUAAGACCAUCCCGGCGCGGCUCCUAGAAGCCACAGUGGUGCAUCAGGGCGCUUCGGGGAGGACAGUAUCGGGCCGCAUUAUGUUGGAGACGGGCGAGGUUAUGGUGGUACAGGUGGAGGAGGACGACGGACCGCUCUCGCUCGCUUUGCAGGCAGCGCUGCCGCACGCCGCCAAAGGGGAACGGGAGCGCGCGCGGGAUAGGGAUAGAGACCGGGAGAAGGAGAGGGAUAGGGACAGGGACAGGGAUAGAGAUAGGGAUAGGGAUAGGGAGCGGAGGGAGAAGGGAAGUUUCCGCGGCGGGGACGGCGCGGAUAGACCGCGGUCGAAGAGCGGGCGCGCGGUGGAGGCGGGCGCGGAAGGGGAGAUGCGCUCACGGUCGCGCAGGGGGGAUUCCGCGCACGAGCACCACAAGCGCGCGCAUGGGCUGCACGGGGAGGACGAUUCCCGCCCCAGGUCGCACUCCGGCCGCGGGGAGGAAGGGGAAGCGGGGGAGGCGCGCCCGCUGUCGCGGCAUAGCAGGGGGUCGGAGGGGCGGCGGUCGCGGAGCAUCCGCGUGGAUGGCGCGGAGGAUUGGGAGAACGGACGGCCGAGAUCGAGAAGCGGGCGGGGGGAUGAGUUUAGCGGGGAGGGGGAGGGGAAAGUAAGGAGCAAAAGCAAGGGGGUAGCGGAGGGCGGGGAGGGCGCCUUGGAAGGAUUAGGGGAAGGUUCAGGGGGAGGAGAAGGGGCAGCGACGGGCGUCCCCACGCCACGUCAGCGGCGUUUGGGGCGCACGCGGUCGCGCGCGCUUGAGGAUGCGGUGAAGGCGGCAAUGAGCGGGGACGCGGAAGCGGAGAGCGCCACUCCGGGCGCUCUUGCAUCCGCCGAUCCCCCGCUCUCCCCGCUGGUCAUGGCGCAGCCGCGCGCAGACGACGCGGCGCUCACGCCAGGUUCGCGCGGAGGGGUUUCCGCCAAUCUCACUCCGCGCAACAGAGCCAGAGGCACGCGCGCUGGGGGAAAAGAGGCCGGGGAAGGCGGGGCGGGCGCGCUGGAGUCGCCCGGGGGCGCUGCCGCGAGCCCCGCGGGGGGGGAGAGGCAGAGGCGCACGCGGGAGCGCAGGCGGACGCGGUCGCGGUCAGGCAUGGAGGAGAUUCUUCAGGCUGUAGAGGGCGCAGCGGAGGGCGCGGGGGGCGCGCGCACCCCUGUGAGUCCCUUUCGGGGGAAGUCGUUUGGGCGGGGCGAGGACGCAGAGAGGAGGGAGAGGCGGCGGGAGAGGGGUAAGGAGGGGGCGUCUCCGCGGGAGAUGGGUGGAGCGGGGGCUGCGGGGGGUGAUGGCGCAGCAGCGCAGAUCAGACACGCAACGCCGCCCCCCACGCGGCCGCCAGGGGAGAGGGGCUACAGUAGAAGCCGGUCGAGGCGCGUGGCGGAGGAGGCGGGGGGGAGAGGGGCGGGGGAGGAAGGGGGCGGGGCGGGGAGAGGCAAACCCGCCAGGUCCCCGAUUGGGGGGAGGGGGAACAGGCGGAGGAGGAGCGUUUCAAGGGUGGGGGAGGAGUUUGGCGCAAUUACUCCCCCUGUGGGCACGCCCACUGCUCUCACCCCCACUGGCGUCUCCCCCAUGGCUGUUUCCCCCGGAUUCGUUCCCCCGACCUUGUCCAAUGGGGAAGGGGGGGGCGCGGGGAGCAAGGGGGGAGACGGGGCGGAGGGCGCAGUUUCGGAUAUGUUUGAAGGGUUUCAGGUGGGUGCUGUGGUUGAUAGAGUGGCGGAGCGGUUGCAGGAGCAGGGGGGGAAGCGGAGGGAGAGAGCAGGAGGAAGGGGCGGGAAGGAGGAGGGGCGGGGGACGGUGCGGAAAGUGCGCAAGGAUGAAUGGGAGAGGAUCAAGGAGCGCGAGAGGGGCGCGGGGAAGAGCGGACGGGCGGUGGAGAACGGGGAGAGGGCGGAGAGGGGGAGGAGGGAGGAGGAUGUGAGGGCGAAGGGAGGAGAGACGAAGAGAGAGAAAGAAGGGGGGAAGGAAAGUGAAAGGGAAAGAGUGGAGGGGAGGGAGAAGGACGAUGACAAGAAGCAGGAAGCAGAGGGAGGUGAGACUGUGGGGGCCAUUGGGGUUAGUACGGAGGGAGGUAUGGAGGGGGUUGAUUCAGUGGAAGCUCAUGUAAACCCCCUGGGACAUGAGGAGGGCGAUGGAAAGGAUGGUGUUGUGGUGGUGAGGGAAGGCUUCGAGGCAGCAGCGCCGGCGGAGAGCAGGGAGAAAAUGGAGGCGGGGGAGAAGGCGCCGCCGCAGCAGGAGGUGGCAGCAGCAGCUUCCCAGGUCGCCACAGCAGCAGCCGCCCCUGCUACAGUUCUCCCUGCAGGCCCACUGCCAACGGUGGUGCCUGUGGCUGGAGUGGCGAGAGUGGGGAGAGUGGGGGGAGCGGGCAUGGACGAGGAGGAGCGCAAGGUGCUGCAACUCAAGGGGCUCACUCGCCCCUCCGCGCUUGCUGUCGCCGUCUUCUCCCCCACCUCCGCCCGCCUCAUCUCCCCCUCCGCCACCACCUCUCAAACCACCUCCCCGCAUGCCCCCUCCCCUGGGUCCGCCCGCCUCGUCUCCCCCACUUCCGCCAGCAUCCUCUCUCCCACAGCUGCCGCCGCCUCAGGUGCCGCGUCAGGUGCUCCGUCAGGUGCCGUUUCCCCUGCAAUUGUGUCUCCUGCCAGCCAGCCGUCACCAGGGUCGGUGCGAGCAGGCCUCUUCUCAUCCGCAGCGGGUGCUGCAGCAGCAGUGGGAGGGGGCGUGCUGAGAGCGUUGACUCACAGCAAGUGGCGUGGCAGCGGCGGCGCUGCCAGUCCCGGCAGCAGCAGCAGCAGCAACGCCCCCGCCCCCGCAGCAGCUGCAGGAGGAGCAGCAGCAGCAGCAGUGGUGUCUCCUACUGGUGACCGUGACGCGGCUCUCAUGCAACAGGCGGCGGAAGCGGCUGCUGCGUUUGCUGCUGCGGGGAGCAGUGGGCAGGGGAGCGGGGGGGGAGGCGGAGAGGGGGGCGCGGGCGCGGAAGAGAUGCAGGCGCGGACGGCAGUGGGGAAGGCGAUCGUGCAGAGCAGGCUGGCGCAGGCGCGGCGGUGUGUGACAGUGGGGGAGCUGGACGUGAGUAACAAGCUUGCUGCGCGCAAGAAGGGGCAGUGGGGGCGGACAGGGCCGGGCAGUGGCAAGGAGAGAGAGGGAGACGUGCUGAGCCCGUGGGAUAGGUUGAAGGAGACGCGGAAACUGAUGCCUCUGGCUAGUUUCAGGGGGCGGGACGCGGAGGGGGAGGAGGAGGGCGGGCAUGUGGGGCUCAUGGCGAAGCUCAUGGGGCGCAGGGAGAAGGGUGCGCAUGGGGGAGGCGCGGAGGGGGAGGGUGGGGGCGAGGGCGGGGGCGAGGGGCGGGGCGAGGGAAGAAGCAUGAGGCGGAUGGGGUCUGUGGAAACAGGGACGAGGGUGCGGCUAGUGGAGCAGGGCAGGGCAGUUUCAGACGGGGCUAUGCUCGCCGCUGCUGCAGAGGCCGCCUCUGCCGCCUCCGCCGCUGCUGCUGCUCCUGCUGCUGCUGAAGCUGAAGCUGAUGAUGGGCGUGGGAGCAGGGAGGGGGAUGCAGGUGCGGGUGGUGAGACUGGUGUGGGCGCAGCGAUGGAGGUAGAUGCAGGUGUUGCCGCUGCUGCUGUUGCUGCGGAAGGGACGGACGAGAGUGGUGGUGAUAUGGUUGUGGGCGAGGGGGGAAAGCUGGGGGUGGAAGAUGGGGUGGAUGGAGGGGAGGCGAGUGCGAUGGAGGGAGUGAGUGGAGGAGGAGGUGAGGUAAGUUUGGGGGAUGUGGAGAUGGGGGAGGAGGGAGAGAAAGGGGAGAGAGGGGUUGGGGAAGGAGUGGAAGAGCGCGACAGGAUGGAGAGUGUGAGGGUGGAAGGGAGAGAAGAGGAGGAGAGAAUGGAGGUGGAGAGGAGGGAGGAGGAGAGGAGGGAGGAGGAGAGAAGGGAGGAGGAGAGAAGGGAGGAGGAGAGAAGGGAGGAGGAGAGAAGGGAGGAGGUGAGAAGGGAGGAGGAGAAAAGGGAGGAGGAGAGAAGGGAGGAGGAGAGAAGGGAGGAGGAGAGAAGGGAGGAGGAGAGAAAGGAGAAGGAGAGAAGGGAGCGACUAAGGGUGGAGGAGGAAAGGAAAGAGGAGGAGAGUAGAGUGGCAGCAAGGCUUGAGGAGGAGAGACGAGAGAGGGAAAGGGUUGCGUUGGAGAAGGAGGAGGAGGAACGAAGGGAGCGAGAGAGGGCUGAUGAAGAGAGAAGGAUUCAAGAGGAGCAACAAAUUGAGAAGGAGCGAGAGGAGGAAAUGAGAAGGGAAAGGGAGAGGGAGGAGGAAAGAAGGGAAAGAGAGCGGGAGGAGGAGGAGAGAAGGGAGAAGGAGAGGGAGGAGGAGGAGAGACGGGAAAAGGAGAGGGAGGAGGAGGAGAGAAGGGAGGAAGAGAGGGAGGAGGAGGAGAGAAGGGUAAGGGAGAGAGAGGAAGAAGAGAUAAGACAGAAGGAGAAAGCAGAAAACGAGAGGAAGGAAAGGGAGAGAGAGGAGCAAGAGAGGAGGAAAAGGGAAGAAGAGGAGGAGAGGAUGAGAUUGGAGAGAGAGGAAGGGGAGAGAUGGGAACGAGAGCAUGAGGAAGAGGGGAGGCGAGACAUGGAGAGGCAGGAGGGAGGCAGGAGAGGCGGCAGCAAGGGGCAAGAGCAGGAGGCGAGGGGAGGCGGAUUGCGGGAGAAGGACAAGGGCGGCAAGAGCGAGCAGGAGCAGCUGCUGCUUCAGUUCCUGGAUGAAGAGUGCCGGAGAGAAGAAGGGUGGCGGGGCGGCGGCAAGGGGCGAGGGAGAGCGCAGCGGGGGGAUGAUGAUGCUGGGAGUGGUGGUGAGGGCGAUGGGGAGGGAAGCGGAGUGUUGCAUGAGAGGGAGGAGGAGGAAGAGGAAGAGGACCUGUAUGGUGAGGAGUGGGAAGCAGAUGGGAGGGUGGAGGGCAGGGGAAGGAGAGGGAAGGCGGCUGAAGUGGCGGAGGAGGAUGAGGAUGAGGAAGAAAGAUAUGAUGGUGUUGCAGCAGGUGUGGUGGUGGGGGAGGGAGAGGAAGAUUUGUAUGGGGAAGUGAGCGGUCGGGAGGUAGAGGUUGAGAGUGGUGGAGGGGAGGGUGAGGUGGUGGAGGAUGGUGGAGAGGCGGUGUGGAUGGGGAGAGACAGGGGGGUGAAUGCAAGGAGGGGUGAUUGGGAAGGAGCGGAAUGGGAGGAGGAGGAGGAGGAGGAGGAGGAGGAGGAGGAGGAGGAGGAGGAGGAGGAAGAGGAAGAGGGAGUAGUUGGUGGGGCUGAGGGUGGUUUUAGAGGGAGGCACGGAGAGGAGGGAGUGGAGGGAGAAUGGGAGGAGGGAGAGGGAAUGGUGGUGGAGGAGAAGGGAGGUGUGGAGGUUGGGGGAGGGAAGCGGAAGAAGGGACGGGGCAGGUUUGGGGUGAAGGGUGAGCGGGUGCACGCAGGAGAGGAUGAGGAGGAUGAGGGAGGAGUGUUGGAGGUAGGGAAUGAGGACGAGGAGGUUGAAGGCGGGGAAUGGAGAGAGGAAGGGAAGAAGGGCACGCGGGAAGAAAGGCGGACGCAAGGGGAGGAGGGGGGGCAGGGGGAUGGAAAGGAGGAAGGAGUGGGGGGUGCAGGGGAAGAGGGAGGUGUGGAGGGAGGUGUGGAGGGAGCAGGGGAGGCGGCAGGGGAAGGGGCAGGGGAGACAGCAGGGGAGGCAGCAGGGGAAGGGGCAGGGGAGACUGCAGGGGAGGCAGCAGGGGAGGCGGCAGGGAUGGAGAUGGAACCAGAGGUGCUGCUGAUGCGGCAAGAGGGCAUUCGCGGGCCCGCUAGAAGGAGCACCGGGCCGGGCGUGAGCGAUGGGGAGGUGGAUGGAUUGGAGGAGGAGGAAGGGGAGUUUGAUGAUGAGUAUGAGGAUGAGGAGGGGGAGUAUGAGGAGGGGGACGAGGAGGUUUACACUGAUGAGGAAUAUACUGAUGAGGAAGGGGAGUAUGAGGAGGAAUAUGAGGAGUAUGAGGGAGAGUAUGAUGAAGAGUAUGAUGAGGAAUACGAUGAGGAGGGGGAAUAUGAGUAUGAUGAGGAGGGAGAGUAUGAGGAGGGGGAAUACGAGGAGGGGGAGUAUGAAGAUGAGGAGUAUGAUGAGGAAGAGGUGGGGGAGGGGGAGGAGCUAGAAGGGGGUGUGGGUGCAGGCGCGGGUAGGGGCGCAGCAGCAGCGGGAGCAGCGGCGGCAGGUGGGGUGGUGGGGAGAAGGCGGGUGGGUGGGACUGUGGGAGGAGCGGGUGGGAGAGGCAGGGGAGUGGGCAGGGGCAGGCCGCCUAGACCCCCGGGAGGGGUGCGGAGACCUGUGGGGGUGCGAGGAGGGGAGGUGGGGGAGCAUGGGGAUGAGGAGGAAGGGGAGUUUGAGGACGAGUAUGAGGAUGAGGAGGGGUUGCAUGAGAUGGAGGAGGAAGGGGACUGGACAGAGGACGAUGCGGAUUUGGAUGAUGAGGAGUUGGGUGAGGAGGAGGAAGAGGACUUUUUGGAGGAGGAGGGGGACGAGGUGGGACCUAUGGUGCCUAGGAGGAGGAUAACGGGGCGCAGAGGGAGGUACAGGGAUCAUGGGGACGACGAGGACGAGUAUGAGGAUGAGGAGUAUGAUGAUAUGGAUUUUAUUGAUGAGUAUGAUGAGGAGGACGAUGGGUUGGGUGAGAGAGGCGGGGAGGAGGAAGAGGAGGAGCGGCCACCGGAGUUGAUGUAUGUUCGCUCGCUGUCCACGCUACGCCGCCCGGAAAUCGCGCAGAUGCAGGGCGGCGGCGUGACGCCCGCCGCCCGGCAGGUGUACUACGAGUUUGGGCCGAUCGGGGCGGCGAGGGUGCGCGCGCAGCAGUGCCGCGACCACUGGUCGUGGCUGUUCAUGCAGUAUCUAGAAACCAUGCUGCCUCGCCUGGCAGUGCAAGAUGACGACGAUAUCAUGAGUCUCACCAGCACGGGGGAUCAUCUGGAUGAUGAUGAUAAUCUCGCCUUCCCCAGCGCUGCUAGCAGCACUGCGUUUGGGAGCAGCAGAGGUGCGACGACGGCGGUGGCCGGUGGAGCAGGCGGGGGCGCGUGGCCGGAGGGAGGGCCGGGAGUGAGGGUUCUGCGGCCGGUGGGGCGGACAAACCGCAACUGGUCCGUGGCCGGGGCGCUGAGGGAGUUUGAAUGGGUGAAGCGGAAGUUCCGGGGGGUGGCGGAGAGUAGCGAGCGGUUGAACGAGGUGCACGUGGGGGAGGCGUUUGUGGCAGGGCUAUCCGUAUGGCUCAAGUACUGGGAGCAGUGGGGGGAGAACCGGCCCAAGUGGCAGGGCGAGGAGGAGGACGACAACGAGGACGACCCAGCAGCAGCGGGUGGCGGCGGUGGUGCUGGUGGUGGCGCCGGUGGUGGUGCUGGUGGUGGGAGUCUCGGGGGCACGUCUCCUGUGCGAUUCAAUGACUCUGCGACUAGUUCCCCCUGGAGGGACUUUCCCAACAGCUCCUCUAGCUCGCCCUGGCGCGGGGAUAGAGAUGAGGGGGGGGACGGCAGAGGCAGAUACGCGCACAGUGACCUGGGAGGGGGAGGUUAUGCGGGGAGCACGGGAGGUGGAGGAGGAGGAGGGGCGUAUGGCAGUGGGAGGCGACCGAGUAGCGUGUCUGCCGGGUUGUCGGGCGCAGGAGGGGACGUGCAUACAUACGGGCCAAAGCGCUGGGGCCCGGAAGGUAGCCUCCAGUCUCGCCUCGUCGCCGAGGCUCUCGGAACGGGACAAGCGCUGCCAACCACGUGCCAGCACGACGAUAUUCUCCGGGUGGCGGGGCUGGCAGCGGCGAUCAGCAGCUGGCAGCCAUCCACUGCGUGCAUGUGCCUGCUGCGCCUACUGGACCGCAUGGCCCAGUUUGAACUCCUCUCCCUCGGGAUUACCAUCUCGCCGCACCGCGACGCUGCUGCUGUGGCAGCCGCCACGGCUGCGGCUUCAGGGGUUCACGGGUCGGUGAGAGGAGGAGGAGGGGCGCUGGGGCCGUCGGCUCGGCAUCACCUGGCGGGGAUUGGCAACGAGGGGAGUAUGCCGUCGUCGCCUGCUGGGUCGCGGCGGCGCUCCGAGAGUUUCACGAUGGGCGGUGGGGGAUUGGUGGAGCAGAGCGGGCCUAUUCCCACGUCGUUUAGUGGGCUGGGGUCUGCUUUUGGCGCCGCGGCAGCAUCGGCGGCGCCGGCACAGCAGCAGGCGGGAGCAGCAGCGCAGGAGGCUUCGGCAGCAGCAGCGGGAGGAAGAGGAGGAGCGGCGGCAGCGGCGGCGGCACCAGCACCGCCACAGAAGAAGUCUGGGGGCGGGUUGCUUGCCUUCACAGCGAAUUUCACCCGCCCAACCACUCCUUUCUUUGGCAUCGGUUCCUCCUCUGCUGCCUCCCACCCUGCCCCGCCGCCUCCUGAACCCACUCCGCCGCCCGCCCCGCCGUCCAAUGUGAGCUCGCCACCUGUCUCGGACCUGUCAGGAGGGCCGCCGAUCGCUGUGGGGCCCAUGGGAAUGGCAGGGAUGGGGGGCAUGGCGUUGGUGCGUGCCCCGGCCAACCUCCCUGCAUGCCGAGCGUUCGUAAUGGCAUGCCUGAAGGCCAUUCUCUCGUCCCAGUACGAGAAAUCCGGAGGCGCAGCGGCCGCCAGCCGGAGAGCCAUGUCGGCAGCAGCAGCGGCAGCAGCAGCCGGGGGAGGAGGAGCGGGAGGCGGAGCUCUCUCAGGUGCAGAUGGAGCGCUGCUGUCGGUGCGAUCGGCGGGGAGGAAACCCUGGUGCCCCAUCCGUCUGUCCAGCCUGGCGGAGGUGGCUCUAGCGGAGGGAAUAGCCCGUGCAAAGCACAGCGAUCUCGUGGAGCGGUGUGAGGAGAUCGACCGGCUGUAUGAUUCCCUGGGGCUGGGUCCUGGCCUGCUGGCUAUGAACCUAGCGGCUGAGAUGCGGGAGCUGCAUUUCCUGCAGCCGGGGGAUCUGAUCUCCCUCGCGCUGCACUAUGAGCAUAUUGGGUUGGAGGAAGCUGCUUUCCACGUGUGCCUACGGGCUGUGGCAUCAGGAAGGCUCACCACGGACGGGUUUGACCAUGUGAUCCGCAUGGUGUUCCUGGGCAGUGGGGCGGAGUCCAUCAACGCACGCUUCGCCCGGCUAGCAACCGCGGUUAAGAACGCGCACAUCGCGAACGUGGAGGCCACGGGCGCAGCGGCGGGCGCGCGCGCAUCGUCAUACAUUGCAGAGUUUGCGGAUGCGAUGCUGCGGAACGGAGAGCUGAAGCAGCACCAUCCGUGGGCGUACGAGGUGACUCUCAACUUCCUCCGUAUGAACAUGCGCGGCGGGGGCCUGGGCGCCGGCGCAGGCAUCGGAGGCAUGGCAGCCGCGGGCGCGGGAGACUGGCGCGAGCGGGAACUCUGUGCGCUCGUGACACUCAACCGCUGGCUGGGACUCACAGCGGCAGGGGGGGUGGCGGGAGGGCUAGCGGGGGGGGAGAAGUCGCUGGAAGCGGCACAGGACAGGGCGGUGGAGAUAGUGGAGCAGAUGGCGCAGCCGGAGGUGACGGUGGGGUGGGCGGUGUGGCUGAGGAUAGGCAAGACGGUGGAGACGGAGCAUAACCUGCCUGUUCUGCUGGAGUCCAUGCAAGUCAAAUCCAUCAUGCACGUCUAUGAGAGCAUAGAGGAGGACGGCACGUGCCAGGACGCGCAGCAGCUAGAAGUAUUCGACUGGGGGUUGCGCGGCAUCCUGGUGGGCCUACCAGACAAGGACCCGGCAGCAGCGCUGCUAGAAGUGAUCUACCCCCUGGAGGAGGAGAAGGCGGACCUCACUCUCGCCAUGGCUGCACGCCUGGCUGCCAUGUCGUCCCCUGUGGACAGCCGCAUGUGGCCGCUUGCCAACACCACGUCGUUUGUGGCCCACCUGCUCGUGCUCACUGAUGGAUGGGUGUUGGACCCACGGCAGAUGUCCCGGGCAGUGAACGUGGCGACGAGGCUGUGGGGGUGGGCCAUGCCCAAGCGCUCCCAGCUCAUGGAGCAGUGCGAGACUGCGGACGAGGCAAGGGAGGUGAUGGAGCGCAGUGCGGCUUCCAUUUGGCGCUCUGUCGCUGCCUCAGGGGCACAGCCAGGAGCGUCCUAG